CUUUUCAAUACUCCCUCCCUCCUCCGGCCCUUAACUCGCAUCGGUUAUCGCCCACACUGUACCGGCACUGUACCACGCCAUACGAGUACGAAAGAGAGUGACGAGUAGAGCUGUAGAGCGAGAGAGAGGGAGGGAGCGAGGGGUAGACGUAACGCGAAUCCAACGAGGCCAUAGAUCGCCCGCCCGCUGCCAUGCCCAUGCGUGCGCUAUAGUCGGAGAGAGAGAGAGGGGGGGAGUUAAGGAAGGCGGGCAGGUGCAGCAAUGGUGGAUGCCUCCUGAUUGCUGACUCCGAGAACUCCAGCGGGGCGGGGAAAGCUCUCCUCUCCUCUCUCUCUUCUCUUCUCUUCUUCCAACUAGCUAGCUCCCUCUCCUUCCCUUCCCUGGCUCCUGAGCUGUAUGCUCUGUGCAUGUUUACUGCUUCUGCUUCGCCAGGACCAGAGAGGUUACUGCUUCGUACCGCGCCCCCGCUGGCUGGCUUCCCUAUCUCCAUGCCCUGCCCUGCCCUGCUGCCGCUUCUUCUUUCCUCUUGCGCGCCUCUAGUGGCACCGCAGAGCUUGGCGUAGCAGGCGCGACGCGAGGGCAGGCGUCUGUCUAUAUAGCGCGCGCCUGGUGCUGCUAGCACUAGACCUCGAUCGUAGCACCGCUCGCUUACUUCUGCAAGUCGCCGGCCGGAUUGGGGUUGCGCGCGCUCGAAGCAAACGACGUGCCGGGAAGAGACCGAAGACUAGGAGGCAGGCGCCGGGAAGCCGGGGGCCAUGGACUUCGGCGACGACCUCGUGCCGGGCUCCGACGCCCACCGCCGCAAGAAGCGCUACCACCGCCACACCCCGCGCCAGAUUCAGCAGCUCGAGGCGAUGUUCAAGGAGUGCCCGCACCCGGACGAGAACCAGCGGCUGCACCUCAGCCGGGAGCUGGGGCUGGAGCCCAGGCAGAUCAAGUUCUGGUUCCAGAACCGCCGGACUCAGAUGAAGGCGCAGCACGAGCGCGCCGACAACUGCUUCCUCCGCGCGGAGAACGACAAGAUCCGCUGCGAGAACAUCGCCAUGCGCGAGGCGCUCAAGAACGUCAUCUGCCCCACCUGCGGCGGCCCGCACUCCGGCGCCGACGACUACUUCGACGAGCACAAGCUCCGCAUGGAGAACGCCCACCUCAAAGAAGAGCUUGACCGGGUAUCCAGCCUCACGUCCAAGUACCUGGGGCGGCCCAUCACCCAGCUCCCGUCAAUGCAGCCGCUCUCCAUGUCGUCGCUGGAGCUCUCCGUCGGCGGGCUCGGCAGCCCGGUCGCGCUCGGCCCGGUGCUGGACCUGGACCCGCUCGGCGGGAGCUCGCCUUUCCAGCUCCCGGCGCCCGUGUCGGAGAUGGAGCGGCCGAUGAUGGCCGAGAUGGCGACGCGGGCCAUGGACGAGUUCAUCAGGCUGGCGCAGGCCGGCGAGCACCUCUGGGUCAAGGCCGCCGGCGGCCGGGAGGUGCUCAAUGUCGACACGUACGACAGCAUCUUCGCCAAGCCCGGGAGCAGCUCGUUCCGCGGCCCGGACGUGCACGUCGAGGGCUCCCGCGACUCGUGCCUCGUGCUCACCAGCGCCAUCGCCCUCGUCGACACAUUCAUGGACUCGAGCAAGUGGACGGAGUUCUUCCCGACCAUCGUGACCAGAGCGCGCACGAUCGACGUUCUCGUGAACGGCAUGGCCGGCCGGAGCGAGUCUUUGGUGCUGAUGUACGAGGAGCUGCACGUGAUGUCGCCGGUCGUCCCGACGCGCGAGUUUUGCUUCCUCCGCUACUGCCGGCAGAUCGAGCAGGGCCUGUGGGCGAUCGCCGACGUCUCGGUCGACUUGCAGCGGGACGCACGCUACGGCACACCGCCGGCCCGCUCGCGCCGGCUCCCCUCGGGCUGCCUCAUCGCCGAUAUGUCCAAUGGCUACUCCAAGGUGACCUGGGUCGAACACAUGGAGACGGAGGACAAGACCGCCAUCAACCAGCUCUACCGCGACCUCGUCCUGAGCGGCGCGGCGUUCGGGGCGCACCGGUGGCUGGCGGCGCUGCAGAGGGCGUGCGAGCGGCACGCGUGCCUCGUGACGCCGCCGCACAGGGACAUCGCCGGUGUGACCUUGGAGGGCAAGAGGAGCAUGAUGAGGCUGUCGCAGCGGAUGGUGGGCAGCUUCUGCGCCAGCCUGAGCGCGUCGCAGCAGCACCGGUGGACGACGCUGUCGGGGCCGGGCGCGGGCGUGGACGACGCGGCGGGCGUGCGCGUCAUGGUGCACCGCAGCACGGACCCCGGGCAGCCCAGCGGCGUGGUGCUCAGCGCCGCCACCUCCAUCUGGCUCCCCGUGUCCUGCGACAGGGUGUUCGCCUUCGUGCGCGACGAGAACACGCGCUCCCAGUGGGACGUGCUGUCGCAUGGCAACCCGGUGCAGGAGGUGUCGCGCAUCCCCAACGGCUCGCAUCCGGGCAACUCCAUCUCCUUGCUCAGAGGCCUGAACGCGAGCCAGAACAGCAUGCUGAUCCUGCAGGAGAGCUGCGCGGACGCGUCGGGGUCGCUGGUGGUGUACGCGCCGAUCGACCUCCCGGCGGCGAACGUGGUGAUGAGCGGCGAGGACCCGUCGGCGAUCCCGCUGCUGCCGUCCGGGUUCACCAUCCUGCCCGACGGCCGCGCGUCCAGCAGCACGGGGUCGGUGGUGACGGUGGCGUUCCAGAUCCUGGUGAGCAGCCUGCCGUCGUCGCGGCUGAACGCGGAGUCAGUGGCCACGGUCAACAGCCUCAUCGGCACCACUGUGGAGCAAAUCAAGGCGGCCCUGAACUGCGGCAGCAGCCAUUGAUGAGGGGGCGCUCCGCCUGCCCUCCGUCAGCGGGAGCGAGUAAGAGCUCCUCCCCCGCCAUUCAUUCCCAUUCAAGGCGAACCGGGGUUUUGGUUGGUUGGAGCCUUGAAUGCCCCGCGCAUUCAUGGAGGCGGAGGAGCCGCGCCGUGGUGGUGGUGGUGGUGGUGUCGCUCGGCUGGGGUUCAUCCUCUGCCGCCGCCGCUGUCACCGCGCCGUCCGGUCGCUGGAUGGGCGCCCACUCGCCCACGCCGUCGUCGCCUUCUUCCACGUUU